AUGUCCGAAGACUCUUCAAUUUCGACUUCUUUUUUCGAUGAUGCUUCAUAUUGUAGUGGAGGUAAAUUACUUGGCUACAGUAAUCUAAACACAUAUACAAUGAAGAUUACUGUAGUCACGUCAAAUCAUUCUGGAGUUUUUGGUUGCGACCUCAUUUUCAAGACAUCAAAAUUGAUUGCUCCAAAAAGAACAAAAAAUCCUUUUAUUAUCCAAUAUAUUAUGUUUUCAGAACUUACAACAUCUUCAUAUACAGUAACUCAAAUUUAUAAAGGAUGGGAUCCAUCAAGUAAAUAUUAUAUAGCUGAUUCUCGAUCAUUUGCUGGAUCUGAUAUAAUCAAUAAUAAUCGAAGUCCAAUUGAAAGAACAUCUGAAAACGAAGAUGAGCAAAAAACUGAAUCAACCUUUUGUGGAACAAUGGAUUCGACUCAAGUAUCAGCUUGUGAAAAAACCGAUUGUCCUGCUCUUUCAUCAAAUCGACUUCGAAUUUCAUAUGAAAAACCGAAAAUCUUUUAUUUGGAUUAUAGAAAAUGUUCGAAUAUUCUUGGAUGUUUCCUAUUUUUGACAAUCAUAUCUGAAAUUGCAUUCAUUCUUUGGGCAACUGACAUCGAAUUUAUAAAUUUCGUUCAAUUUUCUGGUGAUUCUGAUUCGAAAUUAUUGGUUUUUCUGACAUUUUCAGAAUAUUGUCUCGUCACUUCCUUGUUUUUUAUAAUCCCUCAUUUUGUUCUUUUAUUUAUUCGAUGUUCUAUUUCUACUUCAAUGGCUUCAACAUUCUUUUCAGUUCUUUCAAGUAUAAGUUUAUGUUUAGCUGAAAAGUUUUUAUGGAAUGGAUAUAAUGGUAAUUUUUGAUUUUUUAGAUCACAGUUUAUUGAAACAUUCUUAAUUUUCAGAUAUUUCGGAUGAUUUGGAAAUGUCAAGAAAAGUUCGAGUUUCUUUAUUGAUUCACUCGAUCAAUUUGUUAUGUGAGUUGACAAUUUUGAAUAGGAUCUGAGGGCAAAUGAAUUUUCAGAAAUCAGAAAAUCCCAGAAACACUUCCUCAAUCAUGUUCCUUUUUUCAGACUCGAUAACUGUUGUUCUAACAUCUUCAUUCUCAAUUUUUAUCGAAUACAAAGCCUCAACCUUUGCAAUCGCUUAUUAG